AUGGUUGAUGAUGGAUCCCAACGCAUCCCCACCCAGCUCGGCCGGCGAUCGCUCGGUGCUCGGUUGCUCCCGCCUGCGGCGGCAGCCCCGCUGCGCAGGACCCAAGAUGGCCGCCUCCACCGCCCAGUGCCUAGGGACAAAAUCGGAUGGGGGCGGGGCCCGGGAACGCUGGCCCGCGGGGGUACUGCCCCCGUCCCCCUCCCCCUCGCUGCCUACGCCCCGCCGCCGCCCACGCCACCUACGCCGCCCACGCCCACGCCGCCCACGCCCACGCCACCUACGCCGCCCACGCCCACGCCACCUACGCCCGCCGCCUACGCCCGCCAGCCACCGCCCUGGCCGCGGAGGGACAGCAGGAGCAGGCCCGGGCCCGGGAAUUCACCGGUUCUGGCCUCUGAGGAAGAAGAGAUGGCGGCUGCGGAGCAGGCCUCACCCCCGCUCCCAAAGAAGGGCGCUCUUCCGCCCGGGCCGCCGGAGCAGACCACCGACAGGUUAGGUAACGAGAUGUCUCCAGAGACCCCCCAUGGGAUCGAACACGGGCCCCCGGCUCUCCAGGCCCCGGAUCGGGCAGCGUGUGAGGUGUGCGGGGCCUCCUUUGAGACCCGACAGGGCCUCUCCAGCCACGCGCGCUCCCACCUCCGGCAGCUGGGCGUGGUGGAGUCCGAUUGCAGCGGCGCGCCCAUCUCCCUGCUGUAUGCGCUGGUGAAGCAGAGAGCAGGACCCGACAGCGGCCCCCCGCCCCGACCCCGGGCCAAGAAGGCCGGCUCCCCCAAGGAGGCGGCCGCUGCCUCCCCCCGCCCAGGCCCGCUGACUGACGGAGGCCCCGAUCCCCCCAUGGACGAGGCCACCGAGUCGGCCCCCGGCUUCUCAUCCAGGGGCCUCUACCACCCACCGGGCUCCCCUCUCCUCCUGAAGGUGUCGCCUGCCCUUUGGGGGUCUCCCCCACCCGAGCUGCCCCCGAGCCCCCUGUCAGGCCCCCCGCAGGCGCACUGGCCCCAGUCAGAGGAUGAGGGGCCCCUGAACCUUGUUCUAGACAGCGAUUCGGACGGAGAGCUUGAUUGCCACGUGUGCGGGGCCUGGUUUGAGACCUCCAAGGGCCUGCCCAGUCCCGCCGGGGCCCACCCGCGCCACCUGGGGGUGAGCAACCCGGAGGCCGAGGGACCCCCUGUAGACGAGCUUCCCGAGCCCCUCCAGAGCAAAGGCUCCCAGACCCGCCUCCCAGCGGAGCCGGAGGGGCUGGCAGAGCCUGGGCUGCCCGGCCUUCCGCCCUCGGCCGUGGACCUCUCCCUGCUCUCUCUCCCACCCGCCAAGAAGCCCAGAGCGAGGGCGCCGGCCGAGGCCAGCCUUCGGGGGAAGCAGAAUCCGGCCGCCGCCGGCACAUUCCGGGCCUCGGCUGUGGAGCUGCCGCUUCUCCAUCCCCCAGCGGGCCCGGAGCCAGCCAGGGACACGCUCUGCGAGGUCUGCGGUGAGGGCUUUGAGGGCCGUAAGGGCCUGUCCAGCCACGCCCGCUCCCACCUGCGGCAGAUGGGGGUGACCCAGUGGUCAGUGAAUGGUUCGCCCAUCGACACUCUAAGAGAGUUCCUGAAGAAGGCGGCCGAACCGCGGCUCAUCGAGAAGGACUCUGGCGCAGGCAGGCUGCCCUCACCCCCGGGUGGAGACGGGCCCAGAGCCCCCGGGAAGGGGCUUCAGGCCACUCGUCCUGGCAGACCUGGGCCUGGCCCUGCCCCCGUGCCCCGGGAGACGAGCCUCUCGCUUCUUGCCACCGAGCCGUCUACCCCCGUGAUGGCCGAGCAGCCGCUGCCCCAAAGCCGCCCUCCCUCUGGGGAGGUGAAGCCCAAGACCCAUGUGCAGGCGGGGCUGCCCCUCAAGACCAAGACCGGUCAUGACAAAAGCUCACGAGCUUCUGGCGAGGCCUGUUGUGAGCUGUGCGGCUUCUACUUCGAGAAUCGUAAGGCGCUGGCCAGCCACGCUCGAGCUCACCUGCGAUACUUUGGGGUGACGGAGUGGCGUGUGAACGGCUCCCCCAUCGAGACCCUGAGCGAGUGGAUGAAGCACAGACCCGAGAAGGUGGGGGCCUACCAAAGCUAUAUCAAGGGCGGCCGGCUCUACACCAAGAAGUUCCGUAACUCAGACCGUGGGCGAGGUGGGGAUGGACGAGUGCCCCUCACCUUGGCUCCCAACAGCCUCCCCCUGAUGAACGAGAACCCGGGGGGUGGGCUAGGACCUGGGGAAGCCGGCCGGAUUGGACAUGGUGGGGAGCGACCCCUGACAGCCUCACCCCAGGCUUUGGAGAAGGCCCAGGAACGCCAGCGGCAGAAUAUGGAUAAGUUUGAGCGCAGACGAGCCCGACUUCUGGAUACAGCCUCGUCUCGGGGUGAGGAAGCCAGUGACUUUAAGAGGAAGCUGGAGGAAGUGCGGCAGCCACCUCCUAGAGUAAGGCCUGUGCCCUCCCUGGUCCCCCGCCCUCCCCGCACAUCUUUGGUGAAGUUUGUGGGCAACAUCUACACUCUGAAGUGCAGGUUCUGCGAAGCGGAGUUCCAGGGUCCCCUCUCCAUCCAGGAGGAGUGGGUGCGGCAUCUCCAGAGGCACAUCCUGACAAUGAACUUCUCCAAAGCGUUGCCUGAGGCCCCCGAGGCACAGACCGUGGCAGAGGCUCAGUAA